AUGACAAGUGUUGUUUGGUAUAGUGCUGACGAGGGUUUUGACGGGACGUACCAGACAAAUGUGGUGGUCAGAAACAACGGCAGUUGCCUGUACGUGCCUCCGGGCAUUUUCAAGAGCACAUGUAAGAUAGACAUCACGUGGUUUCCUUUCGACGACCAACAUUGUGACAUGAAGUUUGGUAGCUGGACCUACGAUGGCAACCAGUUGGAUCUGGUGCUCAAGGAUGAAUCGGGAGGUGAUCUAUCGGAUUUCAUAACGAACGGAGAAUGGUAUUUAAUAGGAAUGCCAGGAAAAAAGAACACAAUAACUUACGCAUGCUGCCCCGAGCCGUACGUGGACGUGACUUUCACAAUAAUGAUACGCAGAAGAACUUUAUACUAUUUCUUCAAUCUGAUAGUGCCCUGUGUUCUAAUAUCUUCUAUGGCUCUCUUGGGCUUCACUUUGCCUCCGGACUCCGGAGAAAAGCUGACACUGGGUGUCAGUCUUAGUAAUCCAAGCUCCCGAUCACGUCAUCUAGAACAUCGUCGACAACACAAUCAUCAAAGGGGAAAGCAAGCCACGGAUUGGAUUGGAGAGUUGUGUGCUAUUGUGGAUGCGGUAGUCUCGAGUGACUUCGGCCGGGUUAACCAUGUGUUUGAUUUCAGGAGUCACUAUUCUACUAUCGCUGACGGUGUUUCUCAACCUGGUUGCGGAGACUCUGCCGCAGGUGUUACAAUUCUCCUGUCGCAAACUGUUUUCUCUCUAUUGGUGGGGCACGUCAUCACUAAAACGUCAGAGGCGAUCCCCCUAAUAGGGACAUACUUCAAUUGCAUCAUGUUCAUGGUGGCAUCGUCAGUUGUAUUGACAGUCGUGGUGUUAAAUUACCACCAUCGUACCGCGGAUAUACACGAAAUGCCGCAAUGGAUUAAAACAGUGUUCCUACAAUGGCUGCCAUGGAUCCUGCGGAUGUCGAGGCCAGGAAAGAAGAUAACGAGAAAAACGAUAAUGAUGUCAAAUAGGAUGCGGGAGUUGGAACUGAAAGAGCGAUCUUCCAAAUCACUUUUAGCGAACGUGUUAGAUAUAGACGAUGACUUUAGACAUGUGCCUCCUCCGCCGAAUAGUACUGCGUCGACGGGCAAUUUGGGACCUGGCUGUUCAAUAUUUAGAACGGAUUUCCGUCGGUCGUUCGUGAGGCCGUCGACCAUGGAGGACGUGGGCGGAGGCCUAGGUAGCCAUCACCGGGAACUGCACCUCAUACUCAGAGAGCUGCAGUUCAUCACCGCGAGGAUGAAGAAGGCUGAUGAGGAAGCUGAACUCAUCAGCGACUGGAAGUUUGCGGCGAUGGUUGUUGAUAGAUUCUGUCUCUUCGUGUUCACACUAUUUACCAUCAUAGCGACGGUCGCGGUGCUGUUGUCGGCUCCUCAUAUCAUCGUUCAAUGA